GCGGCGGUCGUUAUUGACCUGACCUCUUACCAGGAAGUUGACAAACACACACACACACACCUAAAUAGCCGGGUCGUUACGUCAAGCUGUCACCGGAGUUUUGUUUUCCUCAUUGGGUUUAAUUACCUAUUUUGCAGUUGGGCAAUUCAUAUCAACUACUCGAUUCCCCAUAGGCGAAUCAACGCGAUUCCCCAUAGACGAAACUUAAAGCGAAUCAGGCUUCGGGUACAGUCGGCCUUGGGAACGUGGUGACAACCGCACACGUAUCCAUGAGCAGUAGGAUGGUAUACCCAAAGGAUGAAAUCGUGUAUUCAAGAAGUGACUGUGACACUAUGGACGAGGCCAGCAUUCUGAACGGGAUCAAAGUCGAGAUCCUGAGAGAGAAGCGAGCGCAGUUGGUAAAAUUCCUGAACCCAGAUCGACAUUACGACUUCCUGCGUUCACAGUGUGUCCUGUCGGGGGAAGAUUGUGAGGAAAUAAACCACAAGGUGACCCGGCGGCAGAAGGCGAGCCUCAUGCUGGACAAACUACUUGACCACGGAGGCAGCGCGUAUGACCGCCUGUGCGAGAGUCUUCUAAGGGAGAGAACUCAGAUGUUCCUGCUCAAAUCCCUCAACAUGGAGUACGAGAACAAGAUGAACAACUGUAAAGCACUGUUCCAGGCCAGUGUGAACAGAUCUACCACCAUUAAGCUGGCCGUGGACACAGACACCCUGCCACGCCCUCCCCCACCCACGCUCGCAAGCACGAAGCAGUGGAGUAUCUCAGAUGACUCAACAGCAUAACUCCACACACGGGAGCAAGACUGCCCCUGGACAGAAUGUUAAGUGACAGUCUAUCUGGAACAUUUACUGACAUCUGCGUUUUCUUUACGUUUGGGUACUGAGAUGAGUUGAACCACUGCAAAACACCAAGAAUACUUCGUGCAGUCCGUCUUCGAUUUGAUAGUGUCAACUCUUGCACCACAAAGAACUUCGGCAUGCUGUACCACCAAUAACGCGCUGGUAGUGAUGUCCAAUGUAACUGGAAGUCAUGCUACCCCCUCCCCUCUAAAGACUCAGGGACACCGAAGCAAUUUCUAGUCUUAUUUGAUGCAGCAAAAUGUUCUUGAUGAAUGAGCAAUUUUCAUUUGAUCACAUGGUGUGAAUUUGAAGCUGGUCAAUGUGAUGGUUAAGUUUGAAAAGUAUUGGAAAGUUUGAGGUGAAAGGUAUGGCCAUAGGAUGACAUGAAGGAAAUAGUGAACAUCACCAAAAUGUCUUGGAAAUGUUUGCUGCAUUGAUACUGCCAAGAAAAUGACAUACAUAGGAUAUGGUCCAAAAGUGUUCAAACAUUUCUUUUAUCUUAAAUAACCUUCAGGACAUCUCAUUCUAAUUCCACCAGUAGUGUGAAUGUGUUCCUAAGACAACAACUUCCACACAUUCAUAUUCUCCAACUGCACAUUGUUGAAUAAAAACCUAAUGAUGCACUUUA